UUUGUUCCUGAAUCCUUGGAGACUGACACUUCUCCCCCCUAAAGGCACAGAAAACAAAAGAAAUUGUAUUGAGAGCAAAACUCAAGUCCUUACACUGCAAAGAUGUUUGCCAGGAUGUCUCAGCUCCACCUUCUGCUGUUAAUGGUUCUGGUGGGAAGGACCGCCUUUGGGUUCUCCUUGUCUUUUCUCGAAGAUCUGGACCCAGACUGGACUCCCAACCACUAUGAGAACAGCCUUGAGUACUAUGAUGAGGAAGAGAAUACCAACAGCACCUCUGCCCACUCUGACAACCCCGACUGGUACUACGAGGAGGACGAUGCGUGCCAACCCAACCCCUGUGAACAUGGCGGGGACUGCCUCACUGAUGGGAUCACCUUCACAUGCAGCUGCCCAGCUCCUUUCUCUGGGAACAAGUGUCAGAACGUGCAAAACAAGUGCAAGAACAACCCAUGUGGCCGAAGCCAAUGUCUCAUUACCCAGAGUCCUCCUUACCAUCGCUGUGUCUGUAAAUAUCCUUACACCGGUCCACACUGUUCUAAAGUGACUCCUGUGUGCAGGCCAAACCCCUGCAAGAAUGGUGGCACCUGCUCCCGGCAUAAGCGGAGAUCCAAGUUCUCCUGUGCCUGUCCUGACCACUUCAGGGGCAAAUUCUGCGAAAUAGGUCCUGAUGACUGCUAUGUCGGUGAUGGCUACUCUUACCGAGGGCAAGUGAGUAGGACAGUCAAUCAGCACUCAUGCCUUUACUGGAAUUCCCACCUCCUCUUGCAGGAGAAUUACAACAUGUUCAUGGAGGAUGCUGAGGCCCAUGGCAUUGGGGAGCACAACUUCUGCAGAAAUCCAGAUGGAGACAAAAAGCCCUGGUGCUUCAUUAAAGUUGGCAAUGACAAGGUGAAAUGGGAGUAUUGUGAAGUCUUGGCCUGCUCAGCCCAAGACCUCACCUACCAACAUGGAAACCCUACUGAGCCCUCGGCGUUUGACUCCUGCGGGAGGACUGAGAUAGCAGAGCGGAAGAUCAAGAGGAUCUAUGGAGGCUUCAAGAGCACGGCGGGCAAGCACCCGUGGCAGGCAUCCAUCCAGACCUCUCUGCCUCUGACCGUCUCCAUGCCCCAGGGCCACUUCUGCGGGGGGUCACUGAUACACCCCUGUUGGGUGCUCACUGCCGCCCACUGCACUGACAUAAAAGCUAAACAUCUGAAAGUGGUGCUAGGGGACCAGGACCUGAAGAAGACAGAAUUCCAUGAGCAGAGCUUUGGGGUAGAGAAGAUAUUCAAGUACAGCCAUUACAACGAAAGGGAUGAGAUUCCCCACAAUGACAUUGCUUUGCUCAAGUUAAAGCCAGUGGAUGGCCACUGUGCUCUGGAAUCCAAAUAUGUGAAGACCGUAUGCCUCCCUGAUGCUCCCUUUCCCUCUGGGACCGAAUGCCACAUCUCUGGCUGGGGAGUUACAGAAACAGGGGAGGGGUCCCGCCAACUCCUGGAUGCCAAAGUCAAGCUGAUCGCCAACACUCUGUGCAACUCCCGCCAACUCUACGACCACGUGAUUGAUGACAGCAUGAUUUGUGCAGGAAACCUGCAGAAACCUGGGCAAGACACCUGCCAGGUCAGAAGAUGAGGCUACCACAUUGUUCUGGGAGACAACAGCAAACGGAGCUUUGAGACGUGACCAGGAGCCUCCCCAAAUGUCAGAUCUGAUCACCCCUCCCCCAUCUGCCCACCGUUGCCUACAAUGACACAAACACUGGAUGCUUUGCUUUCCUCUUCAUGGAAAUUAGACAUUUUUAAAGGUAGAAAAAGCCCCUCUGAGGAAAUCUAAAAUCUGGAUCUAAAUGAAGUUGAUGGCAUUUCUCUAAUUUAGACAUAAGCUGUGCUGUAACGCAAAAUAUCGCUCCAGAAAUCAGCCUCUCGGCCUUUGUAGUUUCCUUUCAUUUCCAGAUUCACAGCGCUCCUCACAGCUGGCCUCAAAGAGGGUCCGUUUCUGAUCUACUGUCUGCUGGUUAAGGCCCCUGUGCAAAUUUGACUCUGUUUUCCAACUGGCGAAGGGACACAUCACUCAGGCUUGGGAGCAGGUUUCAAAACCCCAUGUCAGUAAGAUUGCUUUUUAUACCACGAUCUUUCAGUCUACACCGGCAAAGCUUUUGCCUUGCACUCUGAUAAAGAACAGAGAAAAUUGGAUAAAUUUCUAAGUUGGAGAGAAUAAUCCUACAGGGCCUCUUCACAGCCGGGCCUUGCUCCUUUCAUAAGCGAGAUGAAGUGGGGAGCGCUCUUUCAACUUGCCUUUUGUUGAGCUGAACAGUACGAUCCCAGGUUAAGUCAGAAAGCAAGAUGCAGGUUCCCCAAAGAUCUGACUGUGCCUCUGACUCUCUUAUAAAUGGAUCAUCUAUUGAUAUCUCAGCUCCCAGCCCUGCUUUGACUAUUCACGCAGACCCUAAAAACAACACAUCUGCCCCAGACUUCAUGAUAAAAAGAGUAGAAAGAGGGAGAGGAGUCAAGAAGAAUCUGCUACGCCAAAGGUGGUUUCGAAGAAUUCUAAGAUAAUGAGAGACCUUCCCCAGUUGUCCAACUGAAUCCGGCUUCCCCAAAAGGCAGCCUCGCUCUUUUCCCUCACAUGUCCUAAGGGGUCCUGGAAGCCACCUUCAGGUGCCCAUGUGAAGUUUCCGGGCACUCCUAUUUUGUGCUGCUCCUGAGUUCUAACGAAGCAGGAAGGAUGUAAACAAUUGCACCCAGCAGGCGCCUGGAGGAAAGAAUGUAUUUCUCAUAUUAAUAAGAAAUGCUGUCAUCACCACCUUGCACAGAGUGGGGUUGCUCUAGACCCACCAUUUCAUUCAGUCCUCAUACCAUCCUGCAAAGGAAAGGUUGUCCUCAUCCACAGAACAAGGUCAGUAUUCAAAUGACCAUUGAGACACUUAGAAGAGCCAUCAGCUGCUGUACUGUGUGUCCAGCCACACCUGCUGUGCUUAAGAGAACAGAUGCAGGAGCCAGAGCACCCAGGCUCAGGAUCCUGACACCUGGGGAGUCAGGAGACCAGAGCUGGAGCCCCGCUGUGCCUCCUGCUGGCUGUAUGGCCUUGAGCAUAUAUCCCCACCAGCUUACAACCCUGGCCAAGCUACUUAGACUAUUAGUGUCUUAUGGCCACAUCUGUAAAAAUGAGAGCAAUUUUAGUGCCCAUGUGGGUAUUAAAUGAAGUUUUCUGCACAAACGAUUUACACUAUGCCUGGCCAGGGCAAGUGAACAGUAAAAUUUAGCUGCUGCUAUUGUUGUUACUAUUAUUUCUGAAGGGAAACUGAACCCUGGAGGGUUUAAGGAUCUGUUUGAGGCCACAUGGCUGUAAACUGUCCCCAGGACAGUUCCUGCACAUGCCUUUGAGGACUCCCUGCAGCUCUGGUGUGAGACGUGGAGGGAGAAUGGAAUACAGACUUGAAAAGCACCUGAGAGGUUGACGAGUCAAGAAGACUCUGCUAAGCCAAAGGUGGUUUCAAAGAAUUCUAAGAUAAUGAGAAAAGCACCGGCCCAUAACAGACACAUUCUUCCUGAGAAUGCUGGGCGGCCCACCCUACAGGAGCUGAGGCCUGGGGUGAACAACCCUCAGGCCCUUUCUGGUUCACCUCAAAGCUCUCUUUCUGGCCUGGAGGGUAGUGGUUGAGGGCAAGAGAAGCAGCUGAAGGCUGGGGCUGCCCAGCUUACUGCCUACGUGUGUUUGGGGGUUUUCCUACAUAAUACAUCCAUGUGAAAUUGGGUUUUUGAUAAUGACCGCAAUACAGUUGAAGUCUCAUAAUCAGCUGGACAUUUGGGGGUCUACUGUUCAUAGUCUCCUGAAAUCCAGACUCCUAGAAUAACCAAGUCAUUUCCCCCCAAAGUAUACAGCCUAGUAUGGUAAUUUGAAAUGUAAGCAAUAAUUUCUUAGCAUUCAUUCAAAAAGUUAAUCCACCUUCUGCUUUUAAAGGGUCAAGAUAAGAUUGCCAACUAAAAGGACUCUCCUUUUUAGAUUAUACUCCCUCGACUUUUUUUAGUGUUAAAAUCUUCCUUCUGUUUGGAAAUAAAAGUGACAUAAAUGGUAGCUUGAAGGUGGUAGUUAGUUUUUUUUUCUAUUUCCCCACUGAGUAAAAUAAAAUCGGAUGUUAUGUUGAUCCCACCAUUUCAAAUGGCAUUUUCCCAUGAAUCCCAAAAGUCUGAGAUCACAGAUGAAACUGCACCUCUUUGCUUUUCCUAGAAAAUGAAGUGAUCACUCAAGGACACAUAAGCAGUAAGUGACAAGGCUGAGCUUCCUACACAGAUCUCCUGGCUCCCAGCACGGCCUCCCUUAUCCCUCCCAGGGGGCCUGCACAUCCACGCAGGGGCCCGUCCUAUCCCUGAAGGUUUCUCUUCUUCCCAGAAAUAGACCAUUGACAAGAGGGUCCCUGGUUGGGCAGCAGAGUCAUGCUGUGAGCUGUCCUUGGGGCCUCAGAAUCACCAUCCAGCAAGUGGAAAGACUUUGUGGGUGGAACUUGAGCUGACACUUGAGUAACUAUAUCCCCAAUGUGGGGGUCUGUGUGAACUCACUCCAAUCCACCCUCCA